AUGACUUCAGCAGGAAUACGUCGUUUUCAAAUUGAAGAACAUCCCACUUCUCUCGAUCAGAAAUUCUCUAUUAUGGAUGAAGAUGAUAAUUGUUUGUAUACUGUUAAAUCGACUUUUUUUGCUCUUGGUGACAAGCUCACAGUGAUGGAUAGUCAUGGUACUGAAUUAUUCAAAAUUCGACAACAAUUGAAACAUAUCCAUCUUACAUUUCACAUAUACAAUGCCACUAGCAAUGAUGACAAUGAAGACAGCAAAUUGGCUAGUGUAAAACAAGUUGGCUUUCCACUAAAACAUACACUAGAAAUACAAUCGGCCUAUGGUGAUUAUUCGAUGAAACGAAACGGAGGUAUGACCUCUAGCGAGUAUACAUUAAGCAAAGAUGAUAUACAAAUUGCUGCAAUAAAACGAAAAUGUCCGGCAUUUGCCGAACGCUAUACGGUUGACAUUGACGAACGGGUUCACGAGAGAGAUAUUCCAUUCAUAUUGACUCUUGUCAUUACACUUUGGUGUGCUCAACGAUAUCGGGGUCAAGGAAGUGGCAGUUAA